AUGAAGUUUGGAGAUCACUUGAGGGAAUCGGCUGUACCGGAAUGGAAAGAUAAGUAUAUUGAUUAUCGAUUGGGUAAGAAAAAACUGAAGGUUUUCCAAAAGAAUUUGGAACAGCAAGUUUCUGAUGGGUUGUCUAAUUAUGGGAGUUCUUCAGGUACGGUAAAUGCUCCUUUCUCUCUUUCGGAUCAGAGUGCCAGAUUGAGACGUAAUGAAAGUUCUUCUACAAGUUUGAGCAAAGGUUACAAUGUGCUACAGAAGAAGUCUAUUCAGGAUUUUAUACAACAUUGGCUUAUUGGUGAAGAACUCAUGAAAUGUAACGAUUUUUAUUCGUGGUUGUUAGAGGAAUCUAGAAGGAAAUUUGUUAUUUUGGAGGAUCAAUUGAAAUGUUAUCAUAAUCACGUAAAUUCUGAAACUGUGUCUCCAGCGGAUGAAUUCCAGGACAGUGCCAGCCAGUAUAAGAAGCCAGCGUAUGGGAGUAUUUCUCAUUUUUCAGAUAAUGCAAAGGAAGUGGUAGGGUUGGCUAAGAAUUUGGAAAAGUUCCUACGUCGACACGAUCUGGUUCCAUCAUGGCCUAAAGGGUUGUCCGAUGUAAAGGCUAAGAUGCUGAGUGCCCAGACGGGUAAGGAAACGUUUGGACGUACUUCGUUGGCUGUCAACGUUCAUCAGGCUGAGCGUUUGCUUAGCGAUGCAUUGAUUGGAUACUAUCAAUAUCUCCAACUGGUUAAAACAUAUAGAGACAUGAAUGUUACUGGGUUUCGUAAAAUGGUCAAAAAAUUCGAUAAGACGUGUAAAACGAAAGAGCUGCCGGCUUUCAUGGUCUACGCUAGAGAAAAUUCGCCGUUGUUCCGCCAUGUCAAUGCCUCUGUGCAAUUAAUGGCACAGAAGAUGAAACAAACGGCUAGCGCGCAAGCAGUGGGUAAAUUGAAAGUGGCAAACGACACUGAUGACCCAUUGAUUUGGUGGGAAAAUAAUGUCACACAGUGGUAUACUAAAGAUUUGACAAGAUCCGACUCGGCUCAAAAGAGACAUAACCAAAGGCUGAAGAAGUUGGCCAUUCAAUAUACGUUGAAUGAGCAAAUGAUUCAUAGGAAUAAUAGAGCGAUAAGUCAGAUGUUCUUCUCUGGGAUUGGAUUGGGUAUAUCUAUCGCUUUUAUCGUGUACACACUGUACCUAUCAUUUGUCGCUCCAGCUGACUCCAAUAUGCGCACAAUUUUGUUUCCGUUGUGGAGUGGUUGGUACAUGGUCUGGCUAAGUGGAUUGUUGUUUCUAUCAGACUGUUUUGUUUGGCACAGGAUGGGUAUCAAUUACAGAUUUAUCAUGUUGGGAGAAAUGCAGGCAAAAAAUGGUACACAGCUGUUCAACAAUGAUUUUGCAACAAGUGCUAUCUCUUUAAAGCUUUACUUUCUCACAUUUUUUGUCGCUUCAUGCGCUAUUUGUGCAUUGAUGAGUUUCCACUGGGAUGUAUUGACGCCGUAUGGUUUCAUAUAUCUUGGAGUCGUCAUUCUGUUAUUUCUUUGUCCAAACAAUAUCAUACCAUACUUCGAUAAGUUGGUCGAUGCCAGGAAAUGGAUACUUGCCACUGUAGUGCGGCUUGUAUUCUCUGGAUUUUAUCCAGUGGAGUUUGGUGAUUUCUUCAUUGGUGAUAUUAUUUGCUCCUUAACUUACUCAAUGUCGGACAUAGCGAUGUUUUUCUGCUACUACUCCUCUGAGCCAGGUUAUUUAUGUGGUUCUUCGCAUUCGAAAGCAAUUGGUGUAUUAUCAUGUUUGCCAAAUUACUGGAGAAUGUUGCAAUGUUUGCGAAGAUUUGGAGAUUCAGGUGACUGGUUCCCACAUUUAUUGAAUGCUUUCAAGUACGGAUUUGGGGUAGCUUACUACGCUGCCUUGUGUGCUUACAGAAUUUCGACUCAUAAGGAUGAAGUGCGUAAGCCAUUUAUAAUCCUUGCGACUUUCAAUUCAGUGGCGACUGCUGUUUGGGAUAUUGUGAUGGACUGGUCUUUACUUCAAACAUGCGGUCACAAUUGGUUGUUGAGAAACGAUCUUUAUUUGGCUGGUAAGCGUGAUUGGAGAACCGGUAAGUACUCAUUCAAAGGUAAAAUUAUAUAUUACCUUGCCAUGGUCUGGGAUAUCAUUAUUAGAUUUCAGUGGAUUGUUUACGCAGUGGCACCCCAAACCAUCCAGCAAAGCGCAAUAACAUCAUUCGUCCUCGCAGUGACUGAAGUUCUGCGUAGAUUCGUCUGGAUCAUCUUUCGUGUUGAAAACGAACACGUCGCCAACGUCCAUUUAUUCAAGGUUACGGGUGAAUCACCUUUACCAUACCCCGUCCUCAGAACAGAUAGUGAACUUGAUUCUCUCAAGGACAGAAGCUCAAGUUCAAUUUCUUUGUCGCAAAUGUACACUAACAUGGAAGAGCCUAUUGCUGCCUAUCACUCACUGCUCCGUAGACAGACAGGUCUCUUCGACAGUCUUUCCAGAUCCAUCCCAUGGGCUCAUGCUAGUGAUUUCCAAAGACCUCGCACAUACUCCUCAAAUCAAGUCUCGAAUCACGAUAGUGAUAGCGAAAGUGAAAUGGAAAGCAUCGUUUGA